UUGAAAGUGCAGCAGCUGGAUGAGGGUAAUCAAGUUGACGAGCAGCAGGUGUGCUGGUAGAUGGAGGCAACUGGGAACAACAAACCACACAAGGAGGAGCAAAGUGGAGAGGCAAAGUGUAAAUAAAUGUUUAUUUCCUUUUUAUUGUACAAACUAAAAAAGACUGAAAAUCAACAUGGCUGACCAUCAUAUCAACUUCUCUCUCUCUCUCUCUCACUCACUCUCACUCACUCUCACACACCAACCUUCUCUAUAUCACUCACACCUGCAGGAAGGAGGGCAGCUCCAAUUGAACGUCGCAUAUUCGCCCCUCACCUACAGCCACCAGUCUCACCUCAGCUGCCGUGUUUUACGCACAUGUGGUUCUUCCUUCACGGGACUGGUUCGAUAAAUAGGUUAACUGUGUCUCGGAGAGAGGAUAUCCCUGUCCAUCUCAUCUCAUCUCCGUUUGACCGUUCGGAAACAUCAUCUCUUUUUGCCUUGAUUUAAAAUCCUAUUUAAUCACUGUCAACAGCAGCAGCAGCAGCAGCAACAGCAGCAGCGCCAGUUCUAAGACGCAGACCCGUGGGCGGCUGGGUGGCGUCUAGUCUGGGCGAACUGACAGAACAAGGACUGACUGCUUCGUCCAAAAAUCCCCUCUGAUUAUUUAGAAACGCCGACGAGGAGAGCGACACAACGGAUACAGGUACCGUUCAUGUGAAUCUGGACUUCAACUAGAACGGACUCCAUCUCCGCGCCAUCCCAACCUCCCUCCUCCUCUCUCUUCUCCUCCCCCGCUGCGCAUAACCAGUUGAUUUUCUAAAGAACUCUUCCAAAAAGUCUGAAAGCACAAGACACACCUGUGAAUCCCAGCAGCGCGACCAGCACAGAGACUGAAUGAGUCCACCUUUGGCUGUCGAACCCACUCCUCCAGCGCGCCGGACGGAUGCGAAGAGAAUAAACACAUCUUUAGAAUCCAGCACCGCCUCAGCAUCUCCGCCAACGGAGCUCCGCAACCCAGCGGAGUGAAUCUCACAGCGGGGAGAGCAGUCGUUUCACAGGCAGGGAGAAGAUGCCAUUCCACCAUGUACGAGCAGGGCUGCUCUAUCCAGACAACUACCUGAGCAACUCCCUGACGGAGGACAGGGAAGCCUUCCAGCUCACCAGCCUCUCCACAGAGGAGCUGGGAGAGAUCCGCGAGGCAUUUCGUGUCUUGGAUCGUGAUGGGAAUGGUUUCAUCUCCAAACAGGAGCUGGGCAUGGCCAUGCGCUCCCUAGGUUACAUGCCCAGUGAAGUGGAGCUGGCCAUCAUCAUGCAGAGACUGGACAUGGAUGGGGACGGCCAGGUGGACUUCGAGGAGUUUAUGACAAUACUGGGGCCAAAGCUGCUGUCAUCCGACAACAGAGAAGGAUUUCUGGGCAACACCAUCGACAACAUCUUUUGGCAGUUUGACAUGCAGCAGAUGUCUCUGGAUGAGCUAAAGCAGGUGCUCUUCCACGCCUUCCGGGACCACCUGACAAUGAAGGACAUAGAGAACAUCAUCAUCACUGAGGAGGAGAGCCUCAACGAGAACUCAGGGAACUGCCCUGAGUACGAGGGAGGACCUUCACAGAUCAAUAAAGUUCUCAUAUUUACGUGCAAAAGAGGGUUGACCUGUAGCCAAGAGGCUGCUUACAUUUUCUACCUUACACAUUAAAGGCAGGCCACGGAGACAAUAAAUGUGCAGCUUGUCCACAGGGGGUGCUGUAAACAUCUUUUUAAAUGCCCCAGUCUAAAAUUUGAGUGUACAGAUCAAUGAUAUUGUUUUACCUGAAUCUAAAACUGUUUUAUUAUUAUUAUUAUUUCCCAAGAGCUAGUACUGCAUCCAGCUUUCAAGCCCAGUGAAUGUACUGCAUAUAAGCCUUACACUAUUUCACGUUGCAAUAAAAACUUAGAAUUUAAGAAACACUUACAAACUAAUCUUUAAAAAUCUUAAAAUUGUCUUCCUUGAAACCAAAAAUAAUAAUUUUGGAAACGUGUUAUUUACAGUUUAUCUUCCACUUGCAUUGUUCACUACUUCUUUUUGGGCUUCAAUGUUCGCAAUUACACAUCAGUUGGUAUUACUGCCACUGGUUACACUGGAUACACUGGUUAAAAUAAUUCUAUAUACAAAGACAAUCUUAAGUAAUUAAUAUUAAUUAAUAAUAUAUACCACCACCAUUGCCAUUAAUCAAAUUACUACUAAAUGCUAUAGUAAAGUAGUAUAUAUACUUUAAUGUUAUGAAAUUAGCAAUAAACCUUAAAUGAAAUAAAAUUAAAUUUACUCUGAUUUGAAUUGAAAUCUUAACAAAAACCAUAUGCCAGUCGAUAAACCAAUAGAAUCUUAAAUGUAGGUAUCUAUUUAGUUGUUUUCCCAUCCUGUUUCUUUACUAGCUGGAUGGAAACGUCAAAAAAGACAAAGAGGCUCAAAGUUUGUCUCGGCACAGUUAUUGGGAGUCGCACUGACCUUUAUUUAUAAUUGUCAGCAAGGAACAAAAGAAAGUUGCUUUGAAAAAUAUCCAGACCAAUUCCUUUGAGCUCAGUUUGCCCGUAGCCUCCUGUAGGUGAACUAUAGAGUUCUCAAAGACAAACAGUACACCUUCACUUUAUCACAUAAGGAAAAUCAGUCAAAAUAAUUAUUGUGAUGGAUAUUAUUGUGUACAGUAUAGGUCAUAUCACUGGGAGUCAGACUUUGCACCAGUGUUAAACCACAGUUAGGAAACUCCCCAGUUUAAUAUUCUGGGCUUGGUUUUAAAACUGCUAAGUCAGUAACUGAUUUUAAGAAUAGGAAACAUCAGUAUUUCCCCCUGUUUUAUUUCUUUUCCACUCUGGUCUUUUAAUAUGCACCACAUUUUUACGCUGCUGUACACCCGACAAACAAAAGCUCCAUCUGGAUUCUUCCGGAGGAAAUAGAACUGAGUAUCUCUGAUGCUCUCAAUAAAUGUCGCUGUGAGGAACGCUCUUUGAAUCACUUCCCACGACAAAUUUCAAGGUCAAAACCCUAAAUUCAAUUAGCUAAUUCAAACGAUAAUGACCAAUGUCUCCUAGACUGCGACCACCAUCAGGGCACUUGUAACUGCAGUGAUGAUUUUGAGGGAAAGGUCAUACUCCACUAAACAGAUUUAAAACUUGUAUUAAAUUAAAAUGAAAUGUUUUAAGGUCAAUGUCACUGCGCUAAGAUCGAGGAGCAGCACUGAUGCAGGUGCGUACUGACCAGGCUCGAGUGGCUUCAACACAAUCCAGAAAUAAGGAAGUCUACUGUCCAUAGUUAAGGCUCAUUAUGUCCAAGAAUAAUUGCAUUUACAAUGUAGUAUUUUUACAAUAUGUGUGACUAUUGGAUGUAUUCAAUUUAAUUAAUAUGAACAUAUUUGAGACAUUAUUUACACAUAAGUUAGUAAUUAAUCAUUGAUGUAUUUCUGUACUUAACUCUACUUUAAUGUAGAGCGGGGGUUGUUUUUAAGGUGGAGAGAUAAAGAUCCUCUACUACAUACACUGGCCACAUGCCAGUUUGGUUCCAAUACCAGCAUCAAUAUUGUCUGUAAAUUUCAUGUUGAUCAUAAUUCAAGGUAUUUAAUACACUGUUUUGUUUUUAACAUGGAUGUGGAAAUGAAAAUAAGUGAUGGCUAAAAGCUGACUGCAGACCACCUAGGGACUGUGGACCCCAGUUAAAGACAAACAAAACUUUGUAUUACUUUUCAAAUUAUCGACUAGAUUCUUAAGAUGCAUUCAAAUAGGCAGCACUCGCUGAUGAUGUGUCCCUUUGAUAUUAUUUAGCAUUUGUAACUCACCUUUACUGUUUUGUCAUAAGUAUAAUUAUUUAAUAAAAUCAGCUGUUAUGUGCACCAAAAUAUUAUUUUGUUUACAUAAAUUAUUAAUGAAAUGAUGAACAGGAAAAUAUGACAGAGGUUUCCAGCACCUCUUCCUGUUUAAAAGUCCAGUGCUAUGGCGCUGCCUCUCAUUAGUUAUCACUGAUAGAUGUGUACGCUUAUGCUCUAAAUAAUGGACUGAUGUGGUAGGACUUGGCGGAAAACAUAUGAAAAAAUACAUUUUCUUUACAUAAAAAACACAUUUAUCUUUCCAAAACUGACCGUGAGCCAGUUGUGGUGCAGUUGAAAACUGUCUCCUUGCUGUGAUCAAUCAAAUGUGCCAGAAAGCCAGA